AUGCCGAUCGGACACAUAGAACCGUACAGUUUUGAAAGUAGCAAUUGGGACGCGUAUGUUCGGAGAGUGAAACAGUUUAUAGCAUUGAAUAGCAUUAGUGAUUCGCUUCAAGUUGCUACGUUAGUGACGGUAGUAGGCGCGGAGUGCUAUGAGUUAAUGUGCGACUUGUGCUCGCCAAGUACCCCGGAAUCAAAAACAUUUACCGAACUAGUUAAACUGGUGAAAGAUCACGUGGAACCUGAACGAUCAGAAAUUGCUGAACGGCACAUUUUCAGGCAGCGAACUCAACGUCAAGGUGAAAGUGUUCGCGACUACCUACAAUCUUUAAAACAUCUGGCAAAAAGUUGUAAUUUUGGGGAUAAGUUGGAGGAGAACUUACGCGACCAAUAUGUAUCUGGUUUGUACAAUGAAGACAUGAGAUCGAGGAUCUUUGCGGAAAAGAAUGUGGACUACAAGCGCGCCGUGGAGCUGUCUCAGGCACUGGAGGCGGCAGAGCGCCACGCGUCCAUGGCGGGCGCAGCAGGCGCGGCGCCGCACGACGACGGCUUGCACCGGAUAGGCGCGGGCGCUGCCGGGGGCUCCAGGGCGCAGGCGGGCGCGCCCCGGCCGCAGCGCGCUUGCCCCCGGUGUGAACAAAAGCAAAUAAAUCUGAAGUCAUAUACCGGGGACGUCAUCGAGACUCUUGGUUUUAUUGUGGUCAAUGUUAGUCAUGGUGAAAAGCAAUCAAAAUUAAAUUUAUUUAUCAUUGAAAACGGAGGGCCUCCACUGAUGGGCCGAACGUGGAUUAAACAUUUGAAGCUAGGUAUAGGGGAAUGCUACAAUAUAACCGAAGUAGACUCGAUGGCGACUUCCUUGCGAAAGGAAUUUCCUGAGGGCACAACGGGAUGCGAACCUGCAGUCGCUCUGUUAGGCAGACGGCUGCGCGGUCGACUAGACCUACUGCGUCCCGAUGCCGCUGAGCGUGUGCGCGCGCGUCAGCUUACCGAGGAGCAGCGGGCCCGUAACGUACCGUUGCGAGUGGUUGAGCAAAACGGACCGAUACUGAUGCGUAACUAUUCCAAAUUUGGCAAUAAGUGGACUGAGGCCGUGGUAAAGGAACGAACUGGUCCUGUAUCGUAUAACGUUACAACAAAAGACGGUCAUAUGUAUAAGAGACACAUUGACCAAAUACUCGCUAGAAAACCACGUCAUUCACUGAGCCAAAUAGUGGAUAGUUCACAUGUCAAGUCAACGGCUGGUUUGACGACUAAGUCAGAUGAGGAGGAGUAUAAGGAGUCAUUUGAUAGUGCGGAGGAAGGAGCGGGCACAAGCCCGACAUCGCCGGCGCCGCUGUUGUCUUCUAACGCUAAUACUGAUAAACCACAGCGCAGGGAAGCUGCUAUACAAUGUCGUGAAAGACUGAAAAUGUAUAAAUAA